AUGGCAGCAGAGGCUUAUAGCCCCUCUGAAGCCCUUCUGCCUUCAUCAGUAGGCUUAGUCCCUGCUCACUUGAAUGACUCUGAUAAGCUAAGUAGAUGCUACUCCUGGGCCAGCAAGAGCAGGAAAAGUCAGCUCUCUGAACUCUGCCGGCUUAGAGCAUCUCUGUCUGGGGAGAAAUGGAGCUCUUACUGUUUGUCUUCACUGGCAGCUCGUAACAUUUGUACCAGCAAAACUGGUAACUCGUGGGCUCAGUGGGAUUCUGCCUCUCUCUCCACUUCCAUUGGAAGUUCUGGUUCUUGCUCCUUUUUGCAUGCCCUUGCUGUGGAGGAAUCCAGCCAGCACCUCCCAACUGCUGCACGCAAUCCAAACAAAGCCAUCUUCACCGUGGAUGUCAGCACAACAGAGAUCCUAGUGGCUAAUGACAAAGCCUGCAAGCUGCUUGGGUGCAGUAGUCAGGAACUCAUUGGUCAAAAGCUGUCCCGCUUGAUAUCCAAAUCCAGUCAAGAGGUAUGGGAAGCUGUGGGUGAGGAGUACGUAGAAACUGAUGAAUGUUCAUCGGUGGUUUCAGGAACUGUGGUGGAUGUUAUAGGCCGUCUGAAAGAGAAGAUCCCUGUCUCGGUCUGGCUGAGGCGAAUAAGAAGCAAGGACAACCAGUGUUGUGUGGUUGUGCUGGAACCAGUGGAAAGACUUUCAGCUUCUGUUUCCUUCAGGGUUGACGGAGAGAUUACAUCAUGUGACCUCCUUUUUGCCCAUCUCCAUGGCUACCCAACAUCGGAAGAAGUAGUUGGGGUCCACAUAAAGGACCUGAUUCCUUCUGUGCAGAUCCCUCCUCUAGGAAAAAAAAUCCCAAAGAACCUCAGGAUCCAGCGAGCUGUAGGCCAAUCCAGAGAGGGUAACAUGUUUCCUCUCAGUUUAAAGCUGCAAGUAAGCCUUCUGGAAGAGGACCAAGUGGCAGAGCAGAAAGAUGGUGUUCCACAGACAGAAAAAGAAGGCUCUUUCCCAGACUCUCAUUACUCUGCUACGGUCAUGGUUUUCUCCACCAUCAGUGGUCUUAUUACCAUCCAGUCAGAUGGAACCAUCUGUGGCAUCAAGGAUAGUUUUGCUUUAAUGCUUUUUGGCUAUGAGAAGAAAGAACUGUUGGGAAAGAACAUUACGUUCCUGAUUCCUGGUUUCUAUAACAACAUGGAGAGAAGCAGUGACUGUUCUUUGCCAUUACCUCCUCUUGACGACUCCACAGGAUCAGAGAACAGCAGCUUCUUGACUGCAUCUUUAGCAAGCCUUCUGUCAACAGAUGAAGAGCAAAAAUUGGAAAGAAGACACAAAGGCGACAAAUUAAUACAUGAUGAGACUAAACAAAAGAAUGGGACCAAUUUAUUUUCCACUCCCUCACCUCCUGAAGUGGCAUUCACACCCUCUAAUAGGGUAGAAGACAAUCUAGAUACCACAUCCUAUGGCCCAAUUAAGCUGCCUUCUGAUGUUAUUUGUAACUCACCUGGAACACCAACAAUAGAUGAGCCAUGGUCUGGGACAACACCGGACUGCAGACAAGACUUUCAAAGCCACAUGGUUACAGGGCAGUUGUCAAAAACAAACUUGAUGUGUGAAGCAAAACAUUCCAGCCUUGAGCACAUUGUCGUUGAAAACUGCCUGCUAAAUGAUGCUUCAUCCUUCUUUGCAAAUGGAAGAAAUACUAUCCAUGAUGUUUGCAUGGGAAAUAAAAUGGGUUGUAGUGCUUCUGCACCAGGAGUUGCCACAAUCUCUGAAGAUGUUAAAGAACCAGACACGGAGCUGAACUGUAUUUGUUCUGGUCUUGAGGUACUGGGUCUGAAUAUUGGUGUCAAGGCGAACUCAGACAAUUGUUUAGGUAUUACUGCAGCUCUUGUAGGAGCAUCUUCCUCUAAUGCAGUGGACUCGGCUGCAGGCAAUAUGCUAAGUAAGAAAAGCAGUCCCUUUUCAAGUGGGCAAGAAAAGCAGCUGUUGAAUGGUGUUGCCAUAGCAGAUGGUUCUGGGUGGCUGGCCUCCCGAAGGCAUUUAGAAAACUCGGAAGAAUCCUCCAAAGCAUUUCUUGAGAAGCCCGAAACUCUUGCAGAGACUGUGGGGGAUAACAUCAACAGAAACCCACUGAAAAGCAAAGGUAGUCCUGAAGAAGACUGUCAGUUGCAUGGGCAGCAAAAUGUGGAUAUAAAAGUAACAUCGACCCCGGUGAAACAAGAAGGAAGGCUGAAUCCAGCAGCUCCUUUGACCUUGGAGAUUCUGGAAGGCAGCUACACUGGGAAUUGCUGUCACAGAGAUGGUUCACAAUUAAGUAUACUCUUUGAAGUGAAACGUGUAGAACUGCAGGACCCUGCCAUACUUUUCUGUGUCUGGGUGGUGAAAGACAUUCUACAGAGCCAGAAGGAAGCUGUAGCAAAGACUCAGCUUUUGCUCUCCAGUCUAGCAAGCUCUGCCCAGUCUAUUGCAGAUCUUUCUACACAUAGUCUUGGAGAAGCCAUCAGAUCAACUUCACUUUUUGAGAAUUCCCGAAGAGCUGAAGAGCUUGAAGGAUUAAGGGCAUGUGAGGGAGAAUACGCAAAAAAUUACAACACACAGAGCCUUAUUGGCAGAGGAUCUUUUGGCUUUGUCUGGACUGCCAAGGGCAAGAAAGAUCACCAGGAGGUUGUUGUAAAGUUCAUCUGGAAGGAGAGGGUGCUUGAGGACUGCUGGGUAGAUGAUCCUGAUCUGGGGAGAGUUACUCAAGAAAUUGCAAUCCUGUUGAAGCUGGAGCACCCCAGUAUCAUUAAGGUGCUGGAUGUAUUUGAAAAUGAACACUUCUUCCAGCUAGUGAUGGAGAAGCAUGGAUCUGGUCUGGAUCUCUUUACAUUCAUUGAUAAUCAGCCCAACUUGGAUGAGCCAUUAGCAAGCUAUAUAUUCAGACAGCUUGUAUCAGCUGUUGGCUAUCUCCACAGUAGAAACAUCCUUCACAGAGAUAUCAAGGAUGAAAACAUUGUCAUUGCUGAAGAUUUCACAAUUAAAUUAGUGGACUUUGGUUCAGCUGCCUACCUGGGACCUGGCAAAUUGUUUUAUACCUUCUGUGGGACAAUUGAAUACUGCUCACCAGAAGUGCUGUCUGGCAAACCGUAUGUCACCCUCUCAAAA